UCGUCACCGUCGCCCGAACCGAACCAAACCAAACCGUCCGCCAACGAGCUCGAACUCCCCUGCCAUUACACCGCUUAGCUGGUACGCGAGCGAAACAAAGUCCUCGCCAACCGCGUAACCUCGCGAGCGCAGGCACCUUUUUGUCCUUUUUCCCCGCGGCCCGACCCAUCGAUGCAUCCAUCUUCUCUUGUGCUUACUAACUGGCGCGUCUGACCUAUGAGCUGAUGGCAUUUAAGUAGCAACGAGCCAACGACCCCCAUCCUUCACUCCCCUCCUCCCUCUCACCGCCGUUCUCUCUCUAGUAGGUUCUCUUGGUUUCUUGCUUCGAAGGCAGCGCAGCGUGUUCGAAUGCUGUCCCACGUCGAGAUGCCCCCCGCGGCCGGCGGAAUCAAGCUCUUCGGCAAGGUCAUUACGCAGUGCGCCGAGGGCGCCCCGCCGGAGCCGCAGGAGCCGGCGGCGUCGAGGCCUGUCUUCGCGCGGGACCACGACUUCGAGAAGCAGCAGCACAGCAGCGGGGCGGAGGCGCCGGUCGAGAGCGGGGAAAGCAAAGGGCAGCAGCCGCGCGCGUCGCGGCAGCAGGAGACGGCGGAGGCGCGCGCCGCGGCCGCGGCGUCGUCGGCGCCGCCGCUGCCGUGCCCGCGGUGCCGGAGCCGGAACACCAAGUUCUGCUACUUCAACAACUACAACGUCAACCAGCCGCGCCACUUCUGCAAGGACUGCCACCGCUACUGGACGGCCGGCGGCGCGCUCCGCAACGUCCCAGUCGGCGCCGGCCGCCGCAAGAACCGGCCCCUGGGCCCCGUCAUCGCCGCCCUCCCCGGCCACCAGCACCUCCAACACCGCGCGGGCUUCGUCAUCGGCUUCCCCAACAACCCCUCCUCCCCCACCUCGCCGUCGCCGGUUUACGCCGAUCGGUGGCCGGUCUGCCCCGACCGCCGGUUCUGAUCCGAUCGAGAUCACCUUGACUCGUCGACCCAACCGGCCGAGUCAUGAGCGGCCGGGCCUCUGGGCAAACGGAUAGAGCUAGGCUGGUUUGACAUGCUCAUGCUUAAUUUGCUGAUGAGGUGGGGAAGCUUGUACGUGCGUGAGGCUUACACAACACAGGAAUGGAGGACAUGGAAAUGACUUUUGUUUCCUUCUCUUCUCUCUUCUCUUCUCUUCUCUCUGUACCUUGUUUGUUUUCUUCUUCUUUUGUUGUUUCCUCAGCUUGGCUAGCUAGCUUGCGGAUGUAAUGUAACGACAGCAAGUUGCCACCUCCGUGGAAAAUCUGUCCAGCACUCCGACCGUGUGCGUGAGCUGCGAUA